GCGGGGAAGGGUGGGAGGAGCCGGAGCAGCAUGAUGGCGGCGGCCGAGGCUGGCGGCGAAGAGGGGAGCUCGGGAGCGGCCGGAGACGCGGGGGGACACUGCCCACCCGCCGCCAACGCAGCCCCCCGCAGCGGCGGGAGCAGCAAGAGCGCGGCUGCGGUUCUUCUGGGAGGCUCCGGCCCGAACGCCUCUCCCGCCCCGGGCUCGCUCGCGGUGGGUUCCAGGCCUGCCCCUGCGGAGAUGUCCAAGGGGCCGCUAGCGGCGACUCUACCGCUUUCCGAGAGCGGCGGCCCCGCCGUCAAUACUGCCGGGGGCUUCCCUCCGCUGCCGCCGCCUCCGCAGCCGCCGCUUCCGGCCGGCGGACUGAGCACCGUGGAUGAAGGCGACUCUCUCGACGGGCCCGAGUACGAAGAAGAGGAGGUGGCCAUCCCACUGAACGCGCCCCCCACGAACCAAUGGUAUCAUGGAAAACUUGACAGAACAAUUGCAGAAGAACGUCUUCGACAGGCAGGAAAACCUGGAAGUUACCUUAUUCGAGAGAGUGAUCGAAGGCCUGGAUCAUUUGUGCUUUCAUUUCUGAGCAAAACUAAUGUUGUUAAUCAUUUUAGGAUUAUUGCAAUGUGUGGCGAUUAUUACAUUGGUGGGCGUCGAUUUUCUUCACUUUCCGAUCUAAUAGGGUAUUAUAGCCAUGUGUCUUGUUUGCUUAAAGGAGAAAAAUUAUUGUUUCCUGUAGCACCUCCAGAGCCAGUAGAGGACCGCAGGAGAGUCCGAGCCAUUCUGCCAUAUACUAAAGUGCCAGAAACAGAUGAAAUAAGUUUCCUUAAAGGAGACAUGUUCAUUGUCCACAAUGAAUUAGAAGAUGGAUGGAUGUGGGUUACAAACUUACGUACAGAUGAACAAGGCCUUAUUGUAGAAGAUUUAGUAGAGGAAGUG